GCAAGAGCAAACGAUUUUAUUUCGUACCUCGUAUAAAUAACUAAGGACGUCACCCUCCCACUUUUACAUUGUGAGAAGUAAGAUUUUCUGUUGUUGUAAUUAUUCAUAUUAAUAGAUAGUUAAAUUCAUUAAUUUAUGAAAUGUCUGGAUUUGAUGCAUUUAAUAAUGAGAUUUCACCGGAAGAUGACCCAGCUGCAGAAUUUUUGGCAAGAGAACAGGAUGAAUUAGCAGGCCUAGAAGAUGACGUGAAUUUUGAGUCUUCAACAUUGACAACUGCAGAAUCCGAGGCCCACCAAGUCACUGCCGAUUAUCAAAAUGAUAAUGACUUCAUGGGAGAUGGUGAAACAGACAUGUUUGCCUUUGGGGAAAAUAAUGAGCCUUUACAAAUGAACGGAACACAAGAACCUACACCAACUUUAAGUUCUAGUGCAAAGCCAGUGGUUCGAGAAGAGCCUGAAAAGAUUUGUAAGUGGAGAGAAGAGCAUCAGAAAAUGUUGGAAAGGAAAGAUGAAGAAGAAAGACUCAAAAAAGAAGAAAUGCACCACACUGCUGUACGAGAGCUUGAAGAGUGGUAUGCUCGUUAUUACGAACAGAUCGAAAAAGCAAAAUUAAAUAACAGGGAAGUGUCGAAGAAUGCAGAAAAGGAAUAUAUUGAUGAAGAAGACACCCAGCGGCCAGGUGGACCGGAAUGGGAGAGAAUUGCUCGGAUGUGCGACUUCAAUCCCAAGACGUCUCGUGGCACGAAAGACACUUCCCGCAUGCGGUCCAUAAUUCUCCAACUAAAGCAGAUGCCACUGGUCCGCAAACCUGGAGUGGGUGAGGCUUAAGUUGAAAAAACUACUCAUCUAGGUUAAUACUUCUAAUUAAUCCAAGUCCUUUUACUAUGUAGUUAACUCUAGGUGUUUCUUACUACCAACACUGCUGGUUUCACAGUGUAAGUGGACUUCUGGUGUUACUUGGAUGUUCUGUUUAAAAUAAAGUUUAAUCUGUGCUCUGUA